AUGAAACUUUCCCUGGGUAUAACUGCAGACUUACAUGUCCACCUUAGACAAAACAAAAUGAUGGAGCUGAUAACUCCAACCGUCAGACAAGGAGGUGUGAGCGUUGUUUACGUAAUGCCCAACUUGACUCCUCCAAUCACCUCCAUUGCCCAAGUUGUGGAGUACAAAGCUCAGUUGCAAAAACUUUCACCAAAGACAACUUUUUUGAUGAGUUUCUAUUUGAACCAGGAUUUAACCCCUCAGCUUGUUGAACAAGCUGCUCAAGAGAAACUCAUAAGAGGUAUCAAGUGCUACCCAGCGGGGGUCACUACCAAUAGUAAACUCGGGGUUGAUCCCAACGAUUUCUCCAAGUUCUACCCCAUUUUCACGGUUAUGGAGAAACACAAUUUGAUACUCAACCUUCAUGGAGAGAAGCCUUCGGUUCAAAGUGAACAAAAUGAAGAAGAUGAUAUCCACGUCUUGAACGCCGAAUCGAAGUUUAUCCCUGCGCUUUUCAAGCUUCACAAGGACUUCCCAAACCUGAAAAUUGUGUUGGAACAUUGCACAACUAAGGAUGCGAUUGAGGCAGUUCAAAAGAUAAAUGAGAAUACCACGGGAACUCCCACCGUUGCUGCCACUAUCACCGCUCACCAUUUAUCUUUGACAAUUGAUAGUUGGGCUGGAAAUCCUAUCAAUUUCUGUAAACCAGUAGCCAAACUCCCAAGAGAUAAGAAAGCUCUGAUAGAUGCGGCAACUUCAGGAAAGCCAUAUUUUUUCUUUGGGUCAGACUCUGCUCCUCACCCAAUUCACGAUAAGUCAAAGCAUAUUGGUGUGUGUGCUGGGGUUUUCACUCAACCAUACGUUCUGUCGUAUGUUGCAGAAGUCUUUGAGCAACGUAAUGCUUUGGAUAAACUGAAAGAUUUUGUUGGCACCUUUGGUCUUUCUUUCUACGGAAUUACUGAUGACGAAUUAGUCUCAAAAGAUACCGUUUCCUUGGCCAAGAAAGAUUUGUUUAUUCCCGAAUUGAUUGGCGAAAAGGAUCUUCAAGUAGCCCCUUUCAAACCAGGGGAAACGUUGCACUGGGAAGCCAUCUGGGACAACUAG